CCAACAAUCAUGGUUUUGCUUUGGGUAUUGUGCCUAUUGUUUGGGCAUAUUGUUUGAAAAUACAAUCAUGUCCUUUGUGUAUUGUCUUCCUAAAACGAAAAAAACUAUAUAAGCUCUUCAUAGAAUGCCUAAUAUGACCAGCUUCGGCCAACGUGCGUCUACAACAACGUCUUUCGACGCGAUCUAUUACAUCCGUGUUCUUGGCUACGAUUUAUUUUGAAAUAUCUUUUAAAGCAUAACUUUUGAUUAUUCUCUCCUUUGGAUAUCUUAUAGAUUUUGACGUUCUUUGCAUAAUUGUUUGUUUGAAAACAAUCUAUACAUUCUUUUUUAUUUUUUAGACAUAGACGAUUUUUUUUUUAUUUUUUCCUCUUUACGAAUUUUCUUUGUUUUAACGAAUUUCAUGAUGACUUUGAUGACAUUUUUUCUCCUUCCUCUCUUUGCGUUUGCUUUGAUAUCACCUACGUUUGCAUUGUACCCUAAAAAGGUGUCUUAUGUUUCUCAAGAUGGUCCCUUCGAUAAUGCCACCAUCGGCGAAAUUUUAAAUGGUUCGAAAAACGAAGCGACAUCUUGCUCUUGCCCUUCUCAUGUAUUGUCUUCUGACGUUCCUCUCUAUUCGGCAAAAGAAACCAUCACCGCUUCUAGUUAUUGGACCCUUGUCACAACACAAGUUACUACCACUGCUUAUGUUCCAUUUACUUCUCAACUUGCCUGUGUUCCCACAACUGAUUCAUCUUCCUCUUCUUCUCUCACUAGCAGCACGACUGGCAGUUCAUCUUCCUCUUCCGGAGGUUCUUCUCCAGCCCCUUCUUCAACUUCUGCGUCUUCUUCGACUGUCGUUCCUACUCCCUAUCAGGCGCCGAGCCCCAGUCCCAAUCCAAGUCCCAGUCCCAGUCCCAGUCCCAGUCCCAGUCCUAGCCCUAGCCCAAGUCCCUCCUCCACAGCCACCCCAUCUACCACUUCUCAGGUGAGCUCCACUGGAUACCCUUCGGCUUCUUCAUCUGUACAGACUGCUACUACGAGCUCAGCUAGUACCCCAACUCCAUCAACUAGCUCCACUUUGGUUUCCAGCUCCCAGCCGGUAUCCACUACAAGCCUAACCAGCUCUUCUGCUUCUUCCUCUACCCCCUCCACAAUUCAAACUGGGAGGUUUCCUCACACCUCUGUCCUCUCUUUCUUAACCGAGAGCUUCUCUACUAUAUACACUACGACUGUUUCGAGUGCUAGUUCCUUUACGGACGUCACUACUAUAACUUCUAACGUCGCUUCCUCUACACCUAUUAUUAGUACCAUUUCUUCUUCACCAUCUGUUGCAACAACUUCAUCUGUUUCACCUUCUUCUUCCCUGUCUGGAAGCGGAAGCAUUCCUAACAAUGGAAAGCAUGGUGUUGUCUCUACUGCCACUCAACUGACUACUAGUGGCUCUCAUGUAUACACUACAACAGAUCUGACUACCAUUUAUGAUACCGUCUAUACCACAAGCAUAGGCACUAACACUUUUGCUACUACCGUUACUUCUUAUGAUACUGGGAGCGCCUUCACGACUACAACUGGCUCUGCGAGUCAAUCAUCAUCUUCAAUCCCUAUUUCAUCGAUCCCUAUCACAUCUACGAGUUCUUCUUCAAGUGUAGGUAGUUCGACUCCUUUGACUUCUUCGACCAUUCUUUCAUCAACAGUCGUCGAGAAUUCUAGGUUAUUACAAGCGCCACUACCAGCUCAUCCUCAACGCCAAGCUUGGUGA